AUGCCCGGCCCUCUGUCUCUCUUUUCCGUGAACGCGGUCCUUGUCAUGUCCGCGGAUGACGGAUCCCGCAUCUUCACCAAAUACUACUCCGCACCGCAUGCCCCCGCCGGCACCGCUCCCAACUCGACCGACUACCCCGGGGCCAACCCCUACCCGACGGUCAAGGAGCAGCGCUCGUUUGAGAAGGGCCUGCUUGAGAAGACCAACAAGUCUACAAGCGAUGUGAUUCUCUACGAUAACCGAAUUGUUGUGUUCAAGAUGGAGAGCGACGUGAUGCUCUACGUAGUUGGAAGUGCAGAGGAAAACGAGGUGCUGCUAUACAAUGUGGUGCUGUCGCUGCGAGAUGCUUUGGGAAUCUUGUUCAAGGGUGCCACGGACAAGCGGACCAUUGUCGAGAACUACGACCUUGUCUCCCUCACCAUCGAUGAGAUCAUCGACGACGGAAUUAUCCUUGAGACUGAUCCAGUCAUGAUCGCCUCGCGCGUCAGCCGCGCGCCUGCUGCCGAUGCGCCGAACAUGAAGAGCAUCGAUCUGUCAGAACAGGGUCUGCUUAAUGCUUGGGAGUUUGGCAAGCGGCGUUUGGCCGAGGGCUUGCGCCAGAUGUAA